UUGAAAAACGCAUUUAUUUGAACGAUAAAAUGAAUUAAUACUUUAUUCAAAGUAUUAUCCAUCACUAGUCACUACUUUUUUCCAUCUUUCUGGCAAUUUAUGUAUUUCGUCGCGGAAGAAGCGUUUAUCUUUUGAAGCCAAGAAUGAAUCUAGCCAAUUUUUGAUACCCUGUUCUGAAGUGAAGCAUAUUUUAGUCAAAGCGUUCUGCAUUGAUCGAAAUAAAUGGUAGUCGGAAGGGGCAAGGUCUGCGUUAUAAGGGUGAGCAUCCCAUCCGCUCUUUUCCAAAUAGUUUUUAACUGAAACAGCAACAUGAGAUCGAUCGUUGUCAUGGUGAAGGUUAUAGACUCGUGUCUGGUCGCAUAUUCUGGAUUUUUCGAAUAUAGCUCGCUUUAAACGGAUCAAUUGUUGCCUGUAGAAGGCUCCCGUGAUGGUUCGACCAGGUUUUAGCAGCUCAUAGUGGAUUACACCCUUCUAAUCCCACCAAAUACAAAGCAUUACCUUGGCACCAUGGAUAUUCGGCUACGGCGUUGAUGUUCCCGGUUGGCCGGAUUUUACAUACGAUUUUUUGCAUUUCGGGUUGUUGUAGUGAAUCCAUUUUUUGUCCCCAGUAAUGAUUCGAUGCAGAAAAGACUUUUUUUUUGUAUCGUUCAAGCAACAUUUUGAACAUGUAAAAUCGUCGUCCAAUAUCUCUCGGUUUCAAUUCGUAUAGGACCCAAUUUCCUUGCUUUUGAAUGUAUCCCGCGGCUUUGAGUCGUUUCAAAAUAGCUUGUUGAGUAACUUCCAAUGUUUUUGCAAGCUCUUUUCGCGUUUUACACGAAUCUUGAUCAAGUAAUGUUUCUUAUUCUUCAUCUUCAAACUUUUUCGGUUGACCCGAACGCUCUUUGUUUUUAACAUUAAGAUCACCACUUUUAAAUCAUCGAAACCAUUCUUUGGAAAAUUUAUCCAAUGGUGCAGAUUCACCAUACACUUCCACAACCAUUUGAUGCUCUUCACCUGCACUUUUUUUCUAAUUGAAAGAAAAAAUCAAAACUUCCCGCAAAUAGUGCUUAUUUGGAACAAAACUCGACAUUUUCAACGCAAUAAAAAUUAAACUUGUUGUACAAAACUCAAAGGCUUGUAAACAAUAUUUGGUUGACAGAUGUUGACACUUCACGAUGCAGCAAAAAUCAACUGUCGCCGUCAACCAUUUAUAGUACCUAGAGCCAUCUUUUGAAAACGGACCGAACUAAGUUGUACACCCAAAAUGUGUGUGUGUGUGUGUGUGUGUGUGUGUGUGUGUGUGUGUGUGUGUAUUUGUAUGUGCGUGCGUGCGUGCGUGUGUGUGUGUAUAUGUAUAUACACAAUUGAUAAACUAUACCAUUGAUACAUACAUCACUAAUUUUUUGUUUUUCUUAUGGGAUAGCUACAUGGUUGUCGGUUUCUCCUUACGAAGAUGAGGAAAAUAUUUUUCAAACAGGGGAAAACACUUUAAAAUGUUCUAAUUGUUAUCCUGCCUGCGAAGAUGUUACUUAUGAUGUAUUUAGUUGGAAGAGUUACAUGACACCUGGUCCAUUUAAUACCAACUUAUUAUGGAAUUACAAUGUUACUAAUGAAGGGGUAGUACAUGUAUACUUUUCGAAGUACGGUACAAUCAGGUUGAAACAAGAUGUGUCUUUUUACUGGUAUGAACUUAUGAGCGAUAUCGGAAGUAUAUGUGGCGUCUUUAUCGGCUUCAGUUUCAUCAGCGUAGUGGAACUUAUUUACUUCUUCAUACUCGUAUUUCGCAACUUGCUCCGUAAAAAAUCAAUUUUACAGAAAGACGAUGAUCAUAAGGACAAGGUCUUAUCACUUCAAGAUCAAACCAUACAGCCAAUAUAUUGGAAUGAACUAGUACCACGAUCUUGGUUUUCGGCAAAAUACGGCUUUUCCACUGAUAAAGCUAAAUAUUAACAGUCAAAUUGUCAUUCAGAAAAUUCUCAAAUCGGAAUAAUUCCAUUUUUUAUUAAUUAUAUUACCAAAAAUAAUUAAACAUUUGAAACACUUAAAAAAUGUUUAACAUGUUCUCUUAUAGCACACUGCUAUUAUUUGUCGUCAUUUUUGACACCAAAGUGACAUCAAACAUGUCAAAAUGACAACAAAUAAUGCAGUGUGUUAUAGGAGUUACUAGUAAACAAAAAGUUGAAUCAAAAUCUUAGGUGAAAAUGAUUGGCAAAGAUUGUUAUUGUAUACAUUAGAGACUCUCUAAUAAGAGUCGCGACACGAGCCGACUUUUGUAGGCUGGGUAGUAGUAUGGUUGAUCUCCAAGAUAGAGAGGGAAAUAUGUUGUAUUUCUCUGUUUAAUAUACACACCUCUGUCUACAUUUACAUCUCUCGAUCAAAUAUUUCGUACCAAUCAAAGUGGUCCCCUUAUGUCGCGACUUUUAUUAGAGGGUCUCUAGUAUACAUAACUUAAUAUAUAUUUACAUACGUAAACACGAUUCUUGUAAACACCGAUUUAUUAGUCACAGAUCAAUUUUACAAAUCACCUUUUGGGUAGAAGUUUAUCCAAUAUACAGAACAAACGUAAUUAUAAAUUUACUGAAAAGGAAAAAAGGGUUUUUGAGCGUUUUUGAGAAUAGCAAUAAAAUUGUACAAAACUAUAAAUAACUACGGCAUUUUUAAUUGUAAAAAAAGCACAAAUUAAUGAUCAUAGAUUUUAAACACUAAUAAGUGGCACAAAACAAAGUUUUAUUAUUACUAUAAAAUAUAAAUAAUUAAUGAGAAAGAACAAAUGUGAGUCAGACGCUGUUUUUAGUGCGUAUAAAAAUAUGAUAUUUAUUAAGUUUCCAUUAACUUUCGUACGUUUCGACCUGAGUUUAGAUCAUCUUCAGUGGUAAACAAAGAUUGAAGUAUCCAAGCAGAACAACAAGUCAAAAUGAUAUUAAAGUGAUUCACAAUUGUGUCAAAAUGACAUCAAAAUGAAUCGUAAUUGAUUGAAAAGUGACUUUUAAUGAUCAUUUUGCAGUUACUUUGACAUUAUUUUAACGUCGUGAUGACUCCCUAUUCUGCUUGGGGUAUUCCUUAUCACAUGGCGUAAUUAGGUGUUUUGUCUCUGUCCGUCACUAAUGGGUGUUCCCGUGUGAAAAUAUCUUCGAUUUCUAAGAAGUAACGGUCAAUAUGCUUUGGUUGUAAAUUCGUAUUACACAGUAUUUUUACUCAAUCAUUAUGUGAAACGAGGCAAAAGGUUCACAAACUACGCAAGCUUACUCAAUAGUAUGGAUUAGACACUGAUAUAAAUUAAAUUAAAUUAAGUUGAUGAUAAUACAAUUGUUUAAAAUAUUUCACGACUUAGAGCGUUGUAACAGUGUUACUUGUCAGCAUCACGGUCAGAGCUGUACAGUUUUCAGACGUUAGUUACUAAGCAGUAGAGAAAGCGAAAUUGAGCGGGGAUGGAAAAGUUUACAAACAAUAGGUCGAAAAUUAAAAUCUUUCGAAGAUACAAGUAUAGGCAUGAUGUAGGUACUCAGUGUCCGCUUGCCUGUUAAGGCCAUUAUCUUGGCACUUUAUAUAUAACAUUUCUGAAAUCAAGCGCCCCAAGAAACACUCUUUGUCAAGGAUUAAAACAUUCUCUUAGUCAAGUCGUGUUCAUUAUUGAUUCUAUAUUCUAUGACUAGUGAUUGUAUUGGUAUUCCAUUUUAUGUGAUUCUUAUGUUCUGAUAUUUUGGUUUUUAAUUGUCUUCAUGUUUGCCCCACAUAUGAAGCAUCACAUUCCUUGCAUAGAAUCUUAUAGACCACAUUUUUUUGAGACGUUUGAAAGAUAUAAAAAAAAGUUUCGAAUAAAAGUUUUAUGGAUUUUUAUGUAUUUUAUAACUGCUCAGAUUUUUCUAAAAUGCCAUUUUUUUCGAAAUCUUC